GAAGUUCUUGGCGUGUGCUAAUAACCAGGAGAGAGAAGAAAAAAGAGGAAACUUAACAGAAACACAAAAAUACGGAAACAUGUGAUUUGUGUUUGACAGACGUGAGACGACGUAAGCUUUAAUAUUAGCGCUAUGAUGUCCUAAAUUAAUUCUGUUGCGGUGGAGCGACCUUUUCAAGCUCAUGAUCACGAUGGCGGCAACAAACAUUGCAGCAACGACUAUGUGCAUUGUGAUACUCGCGCUCGUCACUUCCUCCCAUGCAUCGUUUGCGAACGGCAGUGCGUUGAUUUCGGACAAGCCAAACUGGUCCCGAAUGAUCGACGUUCGGGAACACUCUGAAUCCCUCUUGGGGAACGAAGAUGCCCCAUGGGAGAACUGCACUCUUUUGCUGGUGACCAUCGCAAACGUCACCUCCGUCUUCGAGCGGUGUGCGCUCAUGAGAGCCCGCCCCUUCACAAUGUGUGAAAGUUGCGUCAACGAAUAUGGGGUCGCCGUGAGGAUCUUUGACCAGCUUCAGAAAAACCUCACAGAUCCUACAAUGAAGCUGUGCAAAGACGAGUUUUUCUCGUCUGCAAAGUUCUCCGUCGUCUACAAAACGAUUGUGCACAUUCGGGACCUCUGGCAGAGCGCCUCGUGUGACGGUUGCUUUGAGAAACAGCUGUCAAGCGACGGCGGCUACAUGGUCUCGAACGACACAAUAAUCUUCAAUCGAAAGCUGCAUGAAAUGAAUGAAUGUGUGGAUCGGUCCGAGUCGGAGAGCAAGAACAGGACCAACCUGUGCAUUAUCUGCGAUGGACCGUACAGAGACCUCAACCGGUUUUACAAUGGCCUGGUUCGAGCUAGCAAGGAUGGCAACAUUUGUUUCGACAUGGUAGAUGCGAUGAAUGCGACGCACAUGCUCUGGAGCUCUCACCUGUGCUCUGUGCACCAGUACAGCAACACGCCUUCCUUCAUCGUGGCCGGCGUUGUCGGACUUCUGGUGGUGCUUUUCUAUGCUGGCGCAGGUCUUGUCAUCAACCCGCUCAACACGGAACUUGUCCCACCAAAACGGCUGUUCAGAGGACGGAUGCGCUAUGGCUCAUCGUCUACCUCUCACCAAGCUCCGAAACCGACCCAAUCCUGACAGAAGAUCUCUAAUAAUUUGAUUGAUUUGUUAACUUUAAUCAUGCUUUUUAUCCUGUUAUACGUCACUUUUUGGGCAUAAUAUUUACUGUGAACUUUGAAAUACAUUUUAUAUCUAAGCACUCCUAUAUCCUUUCAUUAGCUGCAUGGGCUUUCAAGCAAACGGCUGGACUUGAUUUUUGGUGCCGUAGCGUACAGUUGAAUCUACCUGUGCAGUAAAUAUCAAAUAUACAAUAAAAUGUCUAUGCAUUGUUUUGAAAA